GCGCAGGUGAGGAGGGACGACUCUUUCCCACCCGUCCACCGUUACGGUUACGCAGCGUUCGCGGUUUCCUCGCUGUAAUUCUAGUUAUUUUAUUAAUAUCCGUGCGUUUUUUUUUUUUUUCAAAUUUAAUAAAAAAAAAAAUACUAUUAAAGCGAGCUGACUCUCAGGUGUAAAUCCAACUGGUGUAACUGGUCGGCGGGUCAUGUGACGUGAAAAUUCCGUAUGGAUCAUAUGACAGGUUGCAGCUAUAAUAAAGUUUAUGGGACGUUGCACCGACACCGUUCACUGUGAGCAGACCGGUGUGCUUUACCGUUUAACUCUGUACCAACAGAUCAGCUCAGGUAUGGAGAACUCAUUGUUCAAGUGGCCUGAAGUCACGGGCGAGGCGGACAUGGUUGUUGGCAUGCUGUCCGUCUCUGAAUACCACUUAUCCGUACUCACGAUUGUGUUUGUUCCCUGGUGCUGUGGUGAACAAGACCCUCACGUCUGGGGACUGCACGAUGAUGCGCUGAGAAUCACGCGUCUCGUUUGCCUACGCAGAGUUUCCAGGAAGCGGAAAGUCGUGAGAUGCCGCAUAACUGUCCUGUAUUUGCGCACAAUCAGGAACACGCUGCACUUUAGUUCACAUGGGUGGAAACCCUCACGUUGCUUCUUCUUGGGACACUUCUUAACGUGACGUCAAAGCGGAGGAGAGGAGCAACACGAUGAGCAUUCAUCUACAGUAGUCCAUAUCAUUUACUGGACAAUAUUUAAUAACAAAUAAGCCCCGUGCCUGAUCCUACAUAUUAUGAAUAAUACAAACACAUCUCAUUUCACUGCUGUUAGCCAAGUCUUUGAGCGAACGGCCAGCAACGUGUCCAUCGUGCCAAUUUCGGUACGUCAACGUGGUAUACUGCCGCCCACGCGCCCGGGUAUCUGAGCUAGCUGAUGCUCAGUGGGGAGACUCACCGAUGACGUGCCCCGUGUGUGUGGUGUCGCUUUCUAUGGUUUCCAGUCAUGGACGACUCUGGCGCGGCCUACCUGGCCUUCAGCGACCUGUCUGGCGGCGGCAGCGGCAGCAUGUGGGUAGAGUCGCUGGCCCGGCAGGAGCGGCAGGAGCAGCAGGAGGUGGAGGCCUUCCGGCGGAGGCUGAAGUACUUCUUCAUGAACCCGUGCGAGAAGUACCACGCCCGAGGCCGCAAGCCCUGGAAACUGAUGCUCCAGAUCAUCAAGAUCGCCGUCAUCACCGCCCAGCUGGUGUCGUUUGGCCUCAGUAAUCAGAUGGUAGUGGCGUUCAAAGAGGAGAACCUGAUGGCGUUUAAGCACCUGUUCCUGAAGGACUACGCCAGCCACGAUCCCGGCGACUACGCCGUGUACACGCAGGCCGAGGUGUACACCCACCUCUCCCACGUCGUGAAACAGUUUCUUUGUCUCCGAAACCUAACGGUGGGGAACCAUGCCUACGAGAAGGACGGCCACUUCUACGCGCCCCUGCUCGUCUGCCAGCAGUUCUACCACAACGGCAGCAUCUCGCCGGCCAACGAGACCUUUGAGAUCGACGCCCAGGUGGAAAAAGAGUGCCUGGAGAUCUACCCAUUACAGCCUGUGUCCGUACCAGACGUGAACCUGUCCAACUUCACCCUGCAGUUCAAACGGUUGCUGGAGGUGAAUGUGUACUUCACUCUGAAGGCCAUCAACCUGCAGACUGUACAGCACCACGAGCUGCCUGACUGUUAUGACUUCAGCAUCACUAUCACGUUCGACAACCGGGCGCACAGCGGUCGUAUCCGAGUGGAUCUGGACAACGACGUGGACAUCAACGAGUGCAGGGACUGGAAGGUCACGGGCGCCUCACCCAAGAACAUCUACUACACGGUGCUGUUUGACACCGUCAUCAUUCUGACGUGCCUGGCGUCGCUGGUGCUCUGCACACGCUCAGUGGCAACCGGAGUUCAGCUGCAGUUUGACUACACGACCUUCUUCAAGAACCAUUUUGGCAAGCGCGUGUCCUGGUCCGAUCGGAUGGAGUUUAUUAACGGCUGGUACAUCCUCAUCGUCGUCAGUGACGUCCUGACCAUCACCGGCUCGGUGCUCAAAAUUGCGAUCCAGCUCAAGGUGGUGACGAGUUAUGACGUUUGCAGCAUUCUCCUGGGCACUGGCACCAUGCUCGUCUGGAUCGGCGUGCUGCGCUACAUGGGAUACUUCAAGAAGUACAACAUCUUGAUCAUCACCCUGAGGGCAGCCUUCCCCAACGUGAUGCGGUUCUGUUGCUGUGCGGCUAUGAUCUACCUGGGCUACUGCUUCUGUGGCUGGAUCGUUCUGGGGCCCUAUCAUGAGAAGUUCCGUUCUCUGAACACUGUGUGCGAGUGCCUCUUCUCGCUGAUCAACGGUGAUGACAUGUUCACCACCUUUAAGACCAUGCAGCAGAAGAGCUACCUGGUGUGGCUCUUCGGCCGCGUCUACCUCUACACCUUCGUCUCCCUCUUCAUCUACAUGGUCCUCAGCCUCUUCAUCACCUUGAUCACCGACACCUACGAGACCAUCAAGCAGCAGCAGGUGGACACCGAGCCCGCGUCAGAGCUGCACGCCUUCGUCUCCGAGUGCAAGGACCACCCCAACUCUGGCUGCUACCGCGUGGACGACGGCUCGUCUCCUUGUCUCGUCUGCUGUGGGAGAAGGCUGAACUGCUUGCAUGAGAGGCACUGAACUCCAACAUACUCUGGGACUCCACUACCAUUAUAAUGUAGGGAUUAUUGUAAUUUUAUGCUAGUUACAUGUAUAAUUUCUAAAUAUGUAAUGAAUGACAAGACAGAAAGGAUAUGACUUUUGGAAGUUUCAUUGUAAUAAUUUAUCUUUUUUUGUUGUUUAUUAUUGUAUUCUCAAAAAA